UUGUUGUAGCUAGCUAUAGAAAUAUACAAACUAGCUACUUCGCGCUAACUUGUCAAGCAAAGAAGAUAACAAAGACAUUUUGGGGAAAUUGUAAUAUGAAAAAAGACGUGUCGGGGACAUUAGGAUUUGUCUCUCAAAAAGACAUCGUCUACAACAAACUUCUGCCAUAUGCGGAUAUAUUAGACGACGAAUCCAAUGUCAUUUUGGGUCAAAUCAAAGGGAACUUGGGCCGGGCUGUCCAGCUUCGAGAGAUAUGGCCGGGUGUCUUGUUUUGGACAAGGAAACUUUCCACGUACAUACGGCUGUACGGCAGGAAGUUCAGCAAGGAGGACCAUGUGCUGUUCAUCAAGCUGCUGUACGAGUUGAUCACCAUCGACAAGCUGGAGAUCAGCAUGAUGCAAGGCCUCGCCCGGCUACUCAUCAACCUCCUCAAAAAAACAGAGUUGCUGUCGCGUGAGGACCUGGAGUUGCCUUGGAGACCACUGUACGAGCUGCAAGACAGGAUCCUCUACUCAAAGACAGAACACCUGGGCCUCAACUGGUUCCCCAAUUCUCUACGGCCUCGUGCUUCCUCUAAACACGUAAUGAUAAAAUUGUUUCAGAGGUGCUCGGUGGAAAAUGUUCUGAAAACACUUGUGAAAAGCUGCAGACCGUAUUUUCCGGAGUCGGCCACCCAGGAGAUGUUGGAGGAGUGGCGUCCACUGCUCUGUCCAUUUGACGUGACCAUGCAGAGAGCAAUAGGAUACUUAGAGCUCUUCCUCCCCACCACCCUACCCCCAGAGCUGCACCACAAGGGCUUCAAGUUGUGGUUUGAUGAGCUCAUCAGCUUGUGGGUGGCAGUACAGAACCUUCCAGGUUGGGAGGUGCAUCUUGUCAACCUGUUUGCCCGCUUGGCCAACGACAACAUUGGCUACAUUGACUGGGACCCAUAUAUACCCAAGAUCUUCACCAGAGUGCUGCGGAGUCUGAACCUCCCGGUGGGGACCAGUCAGAUGCUGGUUCCCAGAUACCUGACAAACGCCUACGACGUCGUACACGUGGUCCUCUGGGUCUCCGCUUUACUGGGAGGCCCCAGUAAACAAGCCCAGGCACAGCUCCGUGGCCUUUUCAACAGCAUCACGUCUUUCUUCCACCCAUCCAACCAUGGACGCUGGCUGAUGAAGUUGAUGAAGCUGCUGCAGCGCCUCCCGGCCAGCGUGGUAAGACGGCUCCACCGGGAGCGCUACCGGAAGCCCACGUGGCUCACUCCGGUACCGGACAGCCACAAGUUGACGGAGGCGGACAUCACGGCGUUUGUGGAGAGUAUGAUGCAGCCGGUGCUGCUGGCCAUGUUCAGUAAGACGGGCAGUCUGGAUGCUGCUCAGGCCCUGCAGAACCUGGCCCUCAUGAGACCUGAACUUGUCAUACCACCAGUGCUGGAAAAAACCUACCCUGCUAUGGAGACCCUGACAGAACCCCACCAGCUGACUGCCACCCUGAGCUGUAUGAUCGGCGUGGCUCGCAGCCUGGUGUCUGGGGGGCAGCGCUUCCCUGAGGGCCCUACACACAUGCUGCCCCUCCUCAUGAGGGCUCUGCCCGGUGUUGACCCCAAUGACUUCAGCAAGUGCAUGAUAACAUUCCAAUUCAUUGCUACGUUUGUUACUCUUGUGCCUUUGGUGGACUGUUCCUCUGCUGUUCAUGAAAGGAGCGACCUGACAGCGGUGGAGAGAGAGAUGUGCUCAGCCUCGGCAGAGUUUGAGGACUUUGUUCUUCAGUUCAUGGACAGGUGUUUUGCCCUGAUAGACAGCAGUACUCUAGAGCAGACCAGAGAGGAGACAGAGACUGAGAAGAUGACCCAUCUGGAGAGCCUGGUGGAGCUGGGACUAUCUUCUACCUUCAGCACCAUCCUCACACAGUGCUCUAUAGACAUCUUCAAGGUGGCUCUGGAGAAGGUCUUCAUCUUUGCCACCACCAACAUCUUUGAGACUCGUGUGGCUGGCAGGAUGGUGGCUGACAUGUGCAGAGCAGCCUCCAAGGUUCACCCUGCACAGUCUUUGAAGCUUUUGGUACCACAUUGCUGCAAUGCCAUAAACCAGCUCACUGUCAAUGAGGAGGUGUUGAGUGAGGAGGAACUGGAUAAGGAGUUACUAUGGAACCUUCAGCUACUGUCAGAGGUGACUCGUGUGGACGGGGACAAGAUCCUCCCCUACAGCACCCAGCUGGUUCAGAUCCUGCAGCUGACCCUCCACCUGAAGUGUAAACAGGGCUACACCCUGGCCUGUAACCUGCUGCAUCAUAUCCUGAGGUCUACAGCUCUCAUCUACCCCACAGAGUACUGCAGUGUACCAGGAAGCUUUCAGCAGCCCACACAGGAUUACCUGCCCAUCAAGGACUGGGGUCGUCCGGGGGACCUGUGGAACCUUCACAUCCAGUGGCACGUCCCCAGUGUGGAGGAGACCAGAUUUGUGUUCUAUGUUCUGGACCUGAUCUUACAGCCAGAGCUGCUGCGACUGCAGAGAUACGCCCAGGGGGAACGGGACAUGACCAGGGAUGACGUCCUACAGAGUUUGUCUAUCGUACAGCACUGUCUUCUGGGAGCAGGAAGUCUGUUUCCACCGCUGCGAGGAGAGCCCAUCCCAGAACUAGUUACUAGCAUGGUGAAUCUGGGUGAGACCAACCUCUUCACAGGAGUGUCCUAUUGUCCUGAUGAUUUCACUUCAUGUCAACGUAACGGUUGGUUCUGUUGUAUGUCCCCAGAUCACAUUCUGGAACACUCCGAGGACGACACCAAGUCUCUAUUCUCCAUCAUCAAGAUCAUCAGUGACCUGCUACACUUCAAAGGCUCCCAAAAACACGAGUUUGACUCUCGCUGGAAGAGCUUCAACCUGGUCAAGAAGUCCAUGGAGAACAGGCUUCAUGGCAGGAAGCAGCACAUCAGAGCCCUACUGAUCGACAGAGUUAUGCUACAGCAUGAGCUUCGUAAGCUAACAGUGGAGGGGUGUGAGUACAGGAGUAUCCACCAGGAACUGAUGAGGGAUCUGCUGAGGCUAUCCACCAGCACCUACAGUCAGGUGCGUAGCCGGGCUCAGAGUGUGCUGUUCACGGCUCUGGGAACCUAUAACUUCUGCUGCAGGGACGUGAUCCCCCGUGUGCUGGAGUUCCUGGAACCAGACCGCUCCGACGUCACACAGCAGCAGUUCAAAGGUGCCUUAUACUGUCUCUUGGGGAACCACAGUGGGGUGUGCCUGGCCAACCUGCACGACUGGGACUGCAUCACCCUGACCUGGCCUGCCAUCGUCCGCUCAGGACUUAGCUCAGCUAUGUCCCUGGAGAAGCCCUCCAUCGUCCGCCUGUUCGACGACCUCGCUGACAAGAUCCACCGCCAGUACGAGACCAUCGGCAUAGACUUUGCUAUCCCAUCAGAAUGCCGUGCGGUGGCGGUGCAGCUCCAGACCUCUGGUGUUCCUCUGCCCCCGGAACCUGUCCCCUCAGACCAAGAAGAAGCAGAGGGCCUCAGGAAGCAGGAGGAGAAGAACUUAGACUCUGAACAGAAAUAUGACAAGCUGGUUGGUGAACUUCUGGACCGCCUCAAUGACAGAAACAUGCCCUGGAAGUUUGAGCACAUUGCCAUUGGCUUCAUGUCUCUGUUACUGAGGGAUGACCACCCCCUCCCCUCCCCCGCUGUCCUUUUCUUCGUCAAGAGCCUCAACCAUGACUCCCUCCUGGUCCGCAAGGUGGCGAUAUCAGCUGUGGCAGGGAUCAUGAAGCAACUCAAGAGGCCACACAGAAAAGUACCAGUCAGCCCCAACACGCUCUGUGGUAUGAAAGAGCUGGCUGGUUUGAUAGCAGGGGACAGGCCUGAUAACCAGUGGCUCCAGUAUAACAGUGGUAUGAAAGAGCUGGCUGGUUUGAUAGCAGGGGACAGGCCUGAUAACCAGUGGCUCCAGUAUAACAGUAGCAGUCUGCCUCGUACCCAGCAGGACUGGGAGGGCUGUACGUUUGUAGAGAAGACUCACUGGGGAUACUACAGCUGGCCACAGAAACUCAUGAUGUACGCUCCUUCUGAGGAGCAGCCCAAACAAGGACUGAGCAGGGAGGAGAUGACAGAGCGAGAGCAGAUCAUCUACGACCACUUCUCAGAUCCAGGAUUCAUCAACCAGCUGAUUGAGUUCCUCUCUCUGGAGGACCGCAAGGGCAAGGACAAGUUCAGUCCCCGCAGGUUCUGCCUUUUCAAGGUGGAGAGUCUGUGGGAGCUGCUGUGUCCUCUGAUCCGUACAGCUCUGAACAACAUCACUGUAAGAAAAUAUGCUGACUGGGGCACCUUCGCCACAGCCUGUUCCUCUCUCCUGCCCAGUCGUCUGUAUGUGCUGCAGGGGGGCCUGGCUCAACAGGAGUGGAGGGUCCCUGAGCUGCUCCACAGACUGCUGCAGUACCUAGAGCCCAAACUCACACAGGUCUACAAGAACGUCCGUGAGCGCAUCGGAAGCGUCCUCACCUACAUCUUCAUGAUAGACGUCAAUCUGCCGUAACCCAGCAAACUACUGAAGAUCAAGGAGUUCACAGAGCGAAUAAUGCUGCGCCUCAAACCCCUGAUGGAGGGGGACGAGGAGAUCCAGAACCACGUGGUAGAGGAGAACGAUGUGGGGGAGCAGGACGAGAGGACACAGGCCAUCAAACUACUGAAGACAGUACUCAAGUGGCUGAUGGCCAGUGCUGGACGCUCCUUCUCCACGGCCGUUCCAGAGCAGCUCCAGUUGCUACCCCUGCUGUUCAAGAUCGCUCCGGUGGAGAAUGAUGACAGUUAUGAUGAGCUGAAGAGGGAUGCAAAGACCUGUCUGUCUCUGAUGUCCCAGGGACUACUCUACACAGAGCAGAUACCACUGGUCCUGCUGGCCCUGCAAGAGUGGAUCAGCCAGCUCCACAUAUCACAUCUCUUUCCUUCUCUCCCCCAGGUGAGGGAGAUGGCUGCCACCACUCUGAGCGGUUUCCUUCAGUGUAACUUCCUGUCCAUAGAGGGCCCCAUGCAGAGCCACUUCGAGGCCCUCUGUAAGACCCGCCUACCCAAGAAGAGGAAGAGGGAGCUGGGCUCCGUGGUGGACACCAUCCCCUCUGGAGAUCUAGUGAGGCGACAUGCUGGAGUGUUAGGUCUGAGUGCCUGUAUCCUGUCCAGCCCCUACGAUGUUCCCAGCUGGAUGCCCCAACUACUGAUGAACCUGAGCGUCCACCUCAAUGACACGCAGCCCAUUGAGAUGUCUGUGAAGAAGACACUGUCUAACUUCCGGCGGACUCAUCAUGACAACUGGCAGGAACACAAACAGCAGUUCACUGACGACCAGCUGCUGGUUCUGACCGACCUGCUUGUCUCUCCCUGCUACUAUGCCUAGAUACCUGGGCCCUGGUACAACUUUCAGAUGGAGAUGUUUUCUUAAACGGAGGAACGACACCCUGAAUGCCCUCUUUGAGCCACUCAACAGUUCCUCACUCUGUUAUUAGUCUGGGAAAGCCUCAAACUGAACAGAACAGGGCCGUUUUCACAAAGCGUCUGGGUACAAUUGCUGAUUUAGGAUCAGUUUUGCCUUUCAGAACGUAUUGAAUACCAUUAUAUGGACAUGGCGACCUGAUCCUCGAUCAGCAGCGCUACUCUGAGACGCUGUGUGACUUCCAGAACAGACGAGCCUGCAUGAGGGGAGACUCACUUUCAGGUCCCUGCCCUCUGACCAGACCAACGGACGACGCCUGGGUCAUUUUCACUAGGCACCAAACAUAAUGAAACGAGGAGGAACUACCUGGAUGUUUCCUUAGAAAAAGGUUUUGCUACGUUGUGCCGUAACGAAUACAACCCUGUACCCUGAGGACCUUGGGGAGGGGGGGAAUAUGCAUACGUAAUGGAUGGAUGGAAUGGAUGGAGUUGUGUGUUUGUUUUUAGCGCUCAUUUAUAUUUCUACUAUACUUAAUAUUUAAGGAUAAACCAUAGCAUGGAUGAUUGAUCUGCACUUUGUAAUAUUACUGUACAGUUGAUUUCACUUGUUCUUCUCCUGUGUGUGUGUGCGUGCGUGCGUGCGUGCGUGUAAUGCUUGAUGAAGAUACCUGCAGGUUUCCCUCUAUCUCUGGUCCAAGUUGUAGAGCGUGUUCCCCCAUUAGAGCACCACUACGCCUUAGGACCAGAGCUAGUUUCCCCCGUAAUAUUGCUCUCAGUACAACAUCCCCUCAAUGUUAUCAACUCUGCACCAACUAACUAUAUUAUCCCACUAGAGCAAGGCUCUCCAGCCCUGUUCCUGGGGAGCUGCCGUCCUGUACGUUUCACUAUGACCCUAAUCUAGCACACCUGAUUCUAAAAACUAUGUGGUUGAUCAGCUGAAUUAAGAUAGUUACAACUGGGGUUGGAGUGAAAACCUACAGGAGGGUAGCUCCCCAGGAACAGGGUUGGAUUGAAAACCUACAGGAGGGUAGCUCUCCAGGAAUAGGGUUGGAUUGAAAACCUACAGGAGGGUAGCUCUCCAGGAAUAGGGUUGGAUUGAAAACCUACAGGAGGGUAGCUCCCCAGGAACAGGGUUGGAUUGAAAACCUACAGGAGGGUAGCUCUCCAGGAAUAGGGUUGGAUUGAAAACCUACAGGAGGGUAGCUAUCCAGGAACAGGGUUGGAGUUAAAACCUACAGGAGGGUAGCUCUCCAGGAACAGGGUUGGAGUUAAAACCUACAGGAGGGUAGCUAUCCAGGAACAGGGUUGGAGUUAAAACCUACAGGAGGGUAGCUCUCCAGGAAACAGGGUUGGAGUUAAAACCUACAGGAGGGUACUCUCCAGGAACAGGUUUGGAGUUAAAACCUACAGGAGGGUAGCUCUCCAGGAAACAGGGUUGGAGAGCCCUGCUCUCGAGGAUAGGAACCAUAUGGUCCCAGGUCUCCAAUGAAGUGUUCUUAGCCACAGUCUGUAUGUGUUCAGAUGAUCGUUCAUUAUCAUUAGAUUAGGAGUGUUUCCCAAAUGGACCCUUUUCCUUUUAGUGCACUACUUUUGACAAGGGCCCAUAAGGCUCUGAUCAAAAGUAGUGUACUAUAUAGGGAAUAGAGUGUCAUUUGGGACAUAACUUAGAUUUUAACCUGGCACACACAUUUACAUACUUGUUGUUUGUGUACUUUGUUUAUCUCUGCUAUAUGCAUAUUUGAUUAUGUGUGUAUACCAUGUGUAUGUAACAUAAAUGCACAAACAGGUUUAUUUAUUUGUUUGAAGUGCUGAUUUUAUUAUUCUUAAGAGUUGCUGGUAAUGAAAGCUUUUGGUUUGUGAGUAGAUAGAUUGUUCAGCUUGUUAGUGACGGAGCAUUUGAUGUAAUCUGCUCUCGCUUGGGCAAUGAUGACUAUGUAGCAGAGUGAGAGUGUGUGAGUGUGUGUUCAUUCAUUCGUUCCUCAAGGCUAUGUGCAAGGUUUUCAGCUGAUGGGUACAGUUUAAUCAUCAUGGCAUGUCUAAACCCCUCUCAAAACCCCAAGGGACUCAUUUCCCAGACACAGAUCAAGCCUGGUCCUGGACUAAAAACAUGAUAUAAUUGGAGUCUCCAUUGAAACAAAGCUUUUUAGUCCAGGACCAGGCUUGAUCUGUAUCUGGGAAACGGGGCCCAAGGAAUAGUCAAACAUCCUGUCCACCACCUUAGCAUCGCACCCCUUCCCCUCUACUCAUCAAUAUAACAUUGUUCUCCAUUCUUUUUAAAAACCCUAGUGAGAGAUUUAUUUUUGGUUCAAUAUUUACUUUUCCAUGAAGACUUGAAAAUCUAGUCUCAUUGGUUCAGUUUAGUACCUCACACCUGUUUAGUGUAGUGCCAAAACUGCACUGAUUCUUUUUAGAUGUACUGUUUUCUGAAGAAAAUAAAGAAAUUCAUGGGUUGUUUGUAACAAA